AUACAAACAUCCUGCUACCCAAUUAGUAGAAUGACUGAAGAAGUUAUAAAUUAUUUUGAAAAAACUGGCGUUAUUGCUAAAGUAACUGAUGUUUUAAAACUGUUGUAUGAAAUGGACGAAAAACCGGUUGAUCCUCUCGAAUUUAUACGUACAAAUAUGACCGAAAUUAUUCCAGAAAAGGUGGAGUUAACAAAGUUAGAACAAGAUUAUAAUACCGUAAUGCAAGAGAUUGCCAUACUUCAACAAGAUAUCAUAAAUAUAACGAACAGACUAAAGGAAUUAGAAACAAAUGAAAGUAAUUAUAAUAUAGUAGAAAUUAAUUCCAAAGAAAAUACUAUUCUUGGUUUAAGCAAUGAUGAUAUGAAAAUGCACGGAAAUGCUGAAAAAGAUAAUGAAAAAUAG